AUGAACGAGCAUUUUCUUUACCAAGGAUCCCUUGAGGGUCACAGCGACUGGGUAACGCAGAUAGCGACAAAUGCUCGGUACCCAGAUAUCCUUCUUUCUUCCUCCAGAGGUACGUAGUCCUAUUUGCAUACGAUUCUUUAGACAAAUCGUUGAUCGUUUGGGAGCUUCAAUACCAACAAGGCAACUAUGGCGUUGCUAAACGCGCUCUUCGUGGACAUAAUCACUUUGUCAGUGACGUUGUGAUGUCUGCAGACGGCCAGUUUGCAAUUUCUGGCUCCUGGGACAAGACGCUUCGCCUGUGGAAUUUAACUACCGGUCAGACGGCGAGACAUUUCACUGGCCACACCGGGGACGUUCUCAGCGUCGCAUUCAGCGCGGACAGUCGUCAGAUUGUUUCAGGCUCUCGCGAUCGUACUGCAAAGCUUUGGAACACUCUUGGUCUCUGUAAAUACACCUUCGACACCGAAGGCCACACGGACUGGGUUUCCUGCGUUCGCUUCUCCCCUAGCGUCGACACACCACUGAUCGUCAGCUGCGGCUGGGACAAAGUAGUAAAGGUAAGUUACUCUUUAGUCCUGCUUAAGUUUCGUAGGUUUGGAAUCAGCGCAAUUGCAAACUCAGGACUGACCAUGUCGGACACACCGGCUACCUGAACACCGUUACUAUCUCCCCUGAUGGUACACUGUGUGCUAGCGGUGGCAAGGAUGAGCAUGCAAUGCUCUGGGACCUUGCGGCUAGGAAAUACUUGUAUACCUUGCCGAGCGGCUCGAUCAUCAACUCGCUAUGUUUCUCCCCAACGCGGUACUGGUUGUGUGCUGCCACUGGACCGUAUAUCAAGAUCUGGAAUCUUGAGGACAAGAUUCUGGUCACCAAACUACAGGUCGAGACUUUCACUAACGCCGAUGGCAUAAAGAAGGCCAAGGCUCCCGAGUGCACUUGUCUGGCAUGGUCUGCUGAUGGUCAAACCCUCUUCGCUGGUUACACGGACAACCGUAUCCAUGUCUGGCAAUUUACCCAAACUGCAAACUGA